AUAAUAGUUUUUGGGAAGUGUGCUGUUAAAUCCACAGGCCAGCCAGCUCACUGCCCACGAAUUCGAUUACGGUUGGUUCACACCUUCAGUUACGUAUACACUCCUCUGUCCCAUGAUUCGAGAUUUGCGCCUGCAAAUUCGCGAGUUUGCUGCGCCAGUUGCGCAAAAACUGGGCAUCAGCAAGAUCUCUGACUUUGCCGAUGUUAUCUUGCUCUCUUUCGUGUUCUUUACUACUGUGCACAAUACUCUCUCACCUGCUGUAAGUAGUGUACUCUUUCCUGUGUCAUAUGGGAAAGCGGGACAGAGAGCGAGGAAUAACUGGGAUAUACGUGUGGCUUCGCUCGUCCAUGCUAUCUUAAUCAUAUUCCUUGCUGGGCGUUGUCUCAAUCUUCCGAGCCUUGACCAAAAUCGUGCCUUUGGUUGGCAUGAAGAUGCAGGGUUUUUGAUAGCUAUCGCAACGGGUUACUUCAUCUGGGACACAUUAGAAUCGAUUAUCCAUUUUAGUGACAUUGGAUUCGUUUUCCAUGGCAUCUCUUGCCUUCUGAUAUAUGGCCUUUCGUUUACACCCUUUGUUCAUUACUAUGCAGUGCGCUUCUUGUUUUGGGAGCUAAGCACUGUGUUCUUGAACAUCCAUUGGUUCUUGGACAAGAUAGGAAAAACAGGCAGUACCCUUCAGCUUGUCAAUGGUAUUGUUCUCAUUACAACCUUCUUUUGUGUGCGCUGUAUCUGGGGUGCAAUGAUGUCCUAUGACUUUUUCGUAACUUUGAAUAGCGUAUACGACCAAGUUUUGACACCAUACCUCAUCAUUUAUGGGGGCGGCAACAUCUUGCUUCAAGGGCUCAACUGGUUUUGGUUCACCAAGAUGGUAGCUGCGCUUGCAAAAAGGUUUCAAGGAACACCCGACGGUCACAAGGUCGUCAACGGAAAAACUAAGACAUAACCCUCUUUUGUACAUUUUGUUGUUCUAGGGGUCGAAUGCCAGUAGUAACAGAUACUAUAUGUUUAAAUACAUAGCCAUCCAAUCA